AUGUCUGAAUAUAGCAAGAAGAUAUUCCGUGAUAAUUUACAAGGUUUGGAUGCGUAUACUCGACAUAAAUUAUUUAUGAGGGAUUAUGUUAAUUUUUAUGGAAAUAACGGUCAACCGUCAAAUGUAGAGACAAAGACAGAAAUUGACAUUUUAAAAGAAAAUCAUAAAGAAUAUUGUAUUGCUGAAUUAAAAUAUUAUAAGGAAGGAAGGAUUGCUUUGCGAUGGAGAAUUGAAAAAGAAGUUAUAACAGGAAAAGGUCAAUUCAUUUGUGCAUCAACAAAAUGCUCAAAUACAAGUGAAUUAAAAUCUUGGGAAGUUAAUUUUGCUUAUAUGGAAGAUGGAGAAAAGAAAAAUGCUUUAGUUAAAAUUAGAUUAUGUCCAAAAUGUUCUAAUAAAUUAAAUUAUAGUAAACAACAUUCAGAAAUUAAAACAGAGAAAGAAAAAAAACGUGAGAGUACUUCAGAGAGAAGUAAAAAGGAGCGUGAAGGUAAUUCUGAAGAUAUCGAAAGUCAAAAGUUAGAAUCAGUUGAUAAUAAUCCUGACGAUUUAUCUGGAAGAGGGAAAAUAGAGGACUUCGAUGAAUUUUUUACCGGAUUAUUUGUUUAA